AAAAAAAAAAAAAAGAAAGAAGCAACGCCUGAGAGCGACGCUUUCAGCUCAUGUACCGCUGGCUCAAAGAUGGAAAGCGACACCGCUGUCAGGAGAAUAAAACCCUUCGGGACACAGAAUUAUGUAGCGCAAGAUAACGACGGUUCCCGGGGCCGGUGGGGGGAUAACGGUUACAGCGAUGACCCGAAGAAGAAGCCCGAAGUGAGCAUAUAUUUGCUGCGGGAAGGGCUUGCAGCUUCUCUGGUCUCUGUGUUUAUUUUGGUGCUGUGGGGACUUGUUCAUUUGUCGUUACAGCAGCUCGUCAUUGGGAACCCAACCGGCGAGUUCAACGCCGGGAGAGCCAGACGGCACUUGGAGCAGAUCACCAGCGUCGGCCCUCGGCCAGUGGGCAGCCAGGAGAAUGAAGUCCUGACAGUGGGCUACUUAUUGGAGCAGAUUGAGAACAUCCGGGUUGAGACCGCAGCGGGCCCCCAUCAGCUCACGGUAGAUGUGCAGCAUCCCACUGGCACUUUCUCUAUUGACUUUCUUGGAGGCUUUACUAGCUUCUAUGACCGUGUCACCAACAUUGUUGUCAGGCUGGAGCCUAAGAGCGGGGCGCAGCAUCUCAUGCUAGCCAACUGCCACUUUGACACAGUGGCCAACAGUCCAGGUGCCAGUGAUGAUGCAGUGAGCUGUGCAGUGAUGCUGGAAGUCCUCCAUUCUCUGGCCAAUCAGUCUACUCCUCUCCGUCAUGGAGUUAUCUUCCUUUUUAAUGGGGCAGAGGAAAAUAUCCUUCAGGCCAGUCACGGUUUCAUUACUCAGCAUCCGUGGGCCAAGCAGGUGCGAGCCUUCAUUAACUUGGAGGCUGCAGGUGUUGGGGGCAAGGAGGUUGUUUUCCAGACAGGUCCAGAGAAUCCGUGGCUGGUCCAGGCCUACGUUCACGCAGCCAAACACCCCUUUGCCUCUGUGGUCGGCCAAGAGGUCUUUCAGAGUGGCAUCAUCCCCUCUGACACGGACUUCCGCAUCUACAGGGACUUUGGUAACAUCCCAGGCAUUGAUCUGGCUUUCAUUGAAAACGGUUUUAUCUAUCACACCAAGUAUGACACUGCUGACAGGAUCCUGACAGACUCGAUACAGAGAGCAGGUGACAACAUCCUGGCGGUCCUGAGGUACCUGGUAAUGUCAGACAAGUUGGCCGAUUCCUCAGAGUAUCGUCAUGGCAACAUGGUAUUUUUUGACCUGCUGGGGGUAGUCGUGGUGGCUUACCCAUCCCGUGUUGGCACCAUCCUCAACUACAUUGUAGCCACGGCCACCUUCCUCUAUCUGGCCAAGAAAGCCUCACGGCCAGGCAAUUGGGGUGGCCGAUAUGUUCGAGAUCUGGCCUGUGCUACAGGUGUAGCAGUCCUGAGUUGGUUCGUCACCCUGCUGUCAGUGCUGAUUGUUGCUCUGCUUGUCACUCUGCUGGGCCGCUCCAUGUUUUGGUACAACCACUUCUAUGCCUCCAUCUGCCUCUACGGGGCUGCUGCCACAGGCAAGAUGAUCCUCAUUCACACACUGGCCAAGAACUUGUAUUACGAAGGUGUCCGUUUGGUGGAGCUGGGUGAUCUCUACUUUGACGUGAGCUUGUUGCUAUGGUGCUGUGGCCUGGUGUGGCUGACCCACCAGGGCCUGUGUUCAGCCUACGUGCCCAUGCUAAUGGUGGCCUUCCCCCUGGCCACCAGACUGUUGCUGGCGAAAGAAUUUAAACACAGAGGAGCAUCAGUGAAGUACAGUGUGCUCUAUAUGUUGGGCCUGACUUUGCCUUACGUCCACUUCAUGUUCCUUAUCUGGGUGGUGUUUGAGAUUUUCACACCCAUCAUGGGUCGCAGCGGCACUGAGAUACCCCCUGAGGUGGUGAUGGCCUCUCUUGUCACCCUGGCAACCAUCUUCCUCUCUUCCUUUUUUCUGCACUUCAUCUACUUGGCACAGAGCACAAAGUGGAUCCUGGCUGGUCUGGGUUCAGUAUUCAUCAUCACGUUCCUGUUGAUGUCCUGUGGGCUCCUCUUUCCUUUUUCAGGCAGUCCAGACAGCCCGCGGCCAAAACGAGUCUUCCUGCAGCACACGACGCGGACCUUCCACAAUCUCCAGGGCGAAGUGGAGAGCCAAGACUCAGGUCUGUGGAUGAACAGUUUCGACUACACAGGCAUACAGCACCUCACACCCCACAUCCCUGAGAUCAACGACAGCGUUCGCACUAGCUGCCGUGAGGACCGGCCCUUCUGUGGUUACCCCUGGUUCCUGCCGUUGAAGUUCCUCAGCAAAAAGAACUGGUACCUUCCUGCUCCGGAAGUGUCACCCAGCUCACCGGUGGAGUUCAGCCUGCUGUCCAGAGAGGAGACCAGCUGGGGGACGGUCAAGAUGGUCUUCAGCGUGAAAGGCCCCAGCCACAUGUCCCUGUAUCUGAUGCCUCACCGAGGAGCCAGCCUCUCCACCUGGUCCUUCGGAGACGGGACGCCUCAGUUCGACCUGAGCGGAGAAUAUUUUGUCUUUUAUUCCCACGGCCUUGACGCCCCCACAUGGAUCUUCUGGUUCGAAAUACAGCCUCCCAGGGACCCGGACCCAUCUGGCCCUGAGGGGAUGAUCUCCGUUGCCAUCUCCACCCACUAUUUCUUCGGGCCCGACAGUAGGACUGCUCAACUGGAGGACACCCUCCGCAAGCUUCCCACAUGGGCUUUUCCUUCGUCUUGGGUCAGUACCUACGACAUGUACCGAUACUGAGGAUGCCACACAUCACACAGGCCGACGCUGACCAAGCUGAGAGCUACAGGGGCCCCCGAGAAAAUAUUUCAAGGAACAAUACUGAGGACCGGCCCUGACGCCUUUUCUCUCUGACACAAACGCACACUCUAGCACACACUCACGCUCCCUCCCAGCCUGCCUGCCUGAGAGACCUCCAUCACUGUGUCAGUAGGUCUAGUAGCUGACCGAGCAGGAGGACGCGCUGAGACACCCCAGAGGUAAGCUGAUCAGACAGCUUACAAACUGACUAACUCAACGGCCGACACACUGGCCACCGCUAGCCUCAUGCUCACUCCUGGGUUAGUGAAACAAAGUUUUUUUUAUUUUUUUUUAUUUUUUAUUUUUUUUGGUACUUAAUCUGUCGUGCCUUUUGCUUUUUUAAAUCCAUUUCACUCCCCUCCUCACUUUCCCUCUUGCUCACUUCCUCCCUUUCUUCAUCUCUCAUGCUUCCUGAAUGAAUAACGUUGCAUGGCUACUUCCCCUGCACUCUCUUUAUGAGCAAACCUCUUGGGCCAUUCAUAGACUAGAUGUGUCUCUGGCUUCCUCUGCAGAAAUUACACCACCGCUAUCUGCACUGUAGGUGUAGUAACAUACUGAGGGAUCUGUUUGGGAGAGGAAACAAAGAACGGUUUUGUUCCCCUGAUCCGACUUUAACUGGAAACUUUGAAAGUUGCUUUUCAUUUAACAAUUUGCUCUUCAUCAUUUCUCGAUAACACCAAUGAUUUGCAGCAAGUCGUAACCCUGUGUUUGUCAUGUCAGGAAUGCCAACAAUCUGCUUUAAUUGUCAGAGAAUCUGGCAUGCAGAGGCAGGAAACUGUGCCUGUUCAGUGAGAACAGCUGGCUUAAAUCAAAAUGUGAACGUGUCCUUUAGGAGAAGGAGUCACUUUCUGAAGAUUUAAUGCAGAGGGCAAUAUUCAGGGUCUUACAUUUUUCAGCCUGGUGUGUUCACGCAAAUGUGUAUUGAUUUUGGGUGCGAUGAGACCAGAACUCACAGGGAAACACGGACGUGUAGCAAUCUCACUGACCAGUGAUUUCAGAUUAUUCCCUGAGCCUUGAGGGUGACUGGGUGGAAAACCAGCAAUGCUACUCCACACUCAUUAACAUGAUCAGUAUCAGUCAGCUUGUUCUCUCUCACAUUAUUUGCAUUUGCAGUUACUGUAAUAGUAUUUAUUUAUUUAGUAUUACUAUCUCCAGCAGCACCAAUGCAUGUCAAAUUUCAUAUACUAAACGAUGAAUCAAGAAAGAAAUCGGAAGAUUAAUAGAUAGUGUAAAUAACUGUUAGUUCUGACCCUAAAGGAACGUUAUCCAGUCUGCAUAUCUUGGCUGCAGAUGAAGAUAAAUUCAUCAGACCUUGAUGCAUUUUCAGUUAAUUGUACCACUAAAAUGGCAUCAAAACAGAAUGAUGUACUGUAGCUUCAUUUGAAACCAGUUAAAAACCACGAAGGUGCAAAUUUUCAACUCUAUAGCAAUAUAGAUAAUAUAUUAAUCCAAGUUAAAAACAAAUGGGUGAAUCUUUGUUUUAUGAGUCUUUAAUUUCUAAAUGAUAAAUUUAAUCAUGUAUAUAAAAAAAUGUUAAGAUGUUUCCUGGAUAGAACUAUGCGGUUUGGUACUAAUGAUAUGGAAUAUGGAGAACAUGUUAAGUUGCUUCCAAUUAGUUAAUUUCAAUUUAUUAACUGAUUGUUCAAAAAAAGUUCAGUCUACAGGCAAGCAUACAAUUCAAAACAUGCGGAGAAUACGGUUUCCGAUAAUAAGAAUAUUUACUGAGCUUUUCUUUUAAAUAAAUUCAUAUUUUCCCUAUAAUUUACCAAAUUGCAUAGUUAUUUCAAGGAAAUAUCAUCAAAUAACAUCUAUAAAAAAAAAAAAAAACGUCACCAAAAGCAGUCAUAUACAGAUAGUUAUGAAAUGAAAUUCUGUUACCAUAAAUACUCUGCUGAAACAUCCAGCUAAUUUUCAACCCAGUGAGGAGCUGCCCUAUGCCAAACUGUUCAUUAACUGUAAUUUCUCUCUCCUCCAAGUUUUGGUGCUGCUGCAGACAGAUCAUACCGGUUACUAUUGCUAAUAUUUCUUAUAUUUCACUCAUCUCAUGUGGAGCUGCAUCUUUUUGGUCUAGAGCCCAAGUAUCACAACCCAGUUAAUACGACCUGUUUUACCUGUCUACUUCACAUAGUCGACCCUUAUAGAACACCAUGGCACAGUUACAGCCAGGUUACACUACAAAAGAAGGGGAUCGGAUGACAUGUUGUCGACACUGGAAGGCGGCAUUGUUUAAAUAUGGGGAUCAAAGCCAUCUCUCCUGGAAAACCUUCAGAGUGUUGCGCUUGGUUGCUCACAUUAAAAGCGACAGAAAUAGAAAGUGCCAAGAAUGAAAAAAGAGAGCUAGAGAGAAGCUCAAUACCUUGCUCCUUUCUCACCUCCACACAGCUGGCCAAUCACCGUGUGAGGUGGGUGUGAAUGUCAGUUUUUGGUAAGUUAUAGAACUUCUUAUCUGACGUCAGAAAAGUGUGGAGGGAGGGGGUUUCUGAAGCUAUUAGACCACCACUACCUCCACAAUGUUCAAAACUUUGGUCCAACACUAAGAUAAUGGCUAUGUUUUUGUAAAAACUGGGUUGAAUGUUACUAAUGUUAAGAGAUUGAUUGCAUUUUGAUGGAUUAUAAAGCCUCAUCAUAUUUGUUUGUGGCUAACUCUGUUUACCGCUAACAAAGUGGAGAGGUUCCAGUGGUUUGAUAGUUGAAUCGCAUCUGUGUUUUCUCUGCCUUCAGUCCCACUCUGAUGAAAUCUGUUUAACCACAUGUGUAUAGUUGCUUGUUGGCAGUUUGACUCCUCUUAUAUGUAAUCAUAGGUGGCAUCGGUUUCUGAGGACAUGGGAAAUUGUUUGCACUUGGGAGAUCGACUGAGCAAAAUCAUCUUUUGUCCCCUUUGUGUGAUCCAUGUUGUCCGUUUUGGCUUCAGUCACACAUAAUAACAAAUGCUGACAUAAAGGAGGCCUUAACAUUUCGCUUCCAAAGACACGUCAAAUGUUCACUGUUGUGGACACUAACCUCUCAGUGGUCUUAAAGCUAUCAGGUGCUGCACUGUACAGUGUGUUUUUAUGUAUGUGAAUCGUUGUCCGUUGGGGAGUUUGAACUUAAAAUCAGCCUUCGACAGCACUUGGCAAGUAAAGAAGAUAUCGUCCUACUAUGCUCCUUCUUUAAUGCACAAUGUGUAACGAGAAGUCCUUAAAGUACUCUGACUCCAUCUGCUGAGGAAGAUAAGUGUGAUACAAUUAAAAGCUCCAGAGCAGGUGAGAUUGUUUUUGUCAAAAGCCAGAUGAUCAUAUCAGCUGACCGCAGUAUGAAGACAUGGCUGACCUCAGUGUCCCUUCAAAAAAGUAAAAUAUCAAAUAUAUCAGACAUCUGCUCAAUUUAAUUGGCUGGUGAAAUUGUCAACAACGUAGAGAUUUUAUACCUUUAUAACAGUUUUUUUUUUUUUCUUUUUCAAAAUGGAUUCAGCUGGUUCGUAUUUCCACAACAUAACAGUUUAUUAAAAGACCACUAGACUUGUUUUUACAUAAAACAUGAAAUGGAAUAAUAGUGAUGAAUAACAACAGGUGCGUUUGUUUCUAUAAAAGCACGAAGACGGGAGGAACUGCUGUAAAUGUGGGACGCAGCAGGGAGGUGUCGGACUUAAAAGCUGUGAAAUUGCUCUUUCCGACGCAGUUGGUGCUCCCACUGUAGACUAAAGCGUACACCGAACACUGCUAGAGCUUAAAAUAGGAAAAACACGCUGCUUUUAGAAUGACGUGAAAUAAACUAGUUUUUGACAGAAUCUAAUGUCUUAAUGUAAGACUCAGAGGCUAACCAAGCGCUGUGCAUUGUGAUUUUUGUUAAGUGUAAACUCACUCACAGAUGUAGCUUUAUCGUCCUCACAUGUUAACAGUCAGUCAAGAAAACCAAAUCAGUCAUUCACACAAAUAUUCAUAUCAGCUGGAGAAAUUAGUAGUUUUAGCUGAAAUCUAUUUUGGGAUAUAUACAUUGAAAUGUCUUAAUGCCUGUUGUUGAAGGAUGUCCUUUUUUUUUUUUAAGAUGUUUAAUUUGUUAAGUUUUUUAAGGGUUACCUAUACUGUUUUUUUUUUGUCCAACAUCUUAACUUUUCACCAAUGCCUAUUUUUGUUACUGUUCACUUUUGUUCUGAAAGUUCAAUUGUUUUUUUCCAAGACCGAUCAUGAUGUUCUUUUUUUGAUUGAUUUGACAUUUUAAAAAGGUCCUGAACACCCACACAGGUGUUUUCAGUUUUUAUCUGGCUGAUUAGACCUCUUCCCAGGACUGCGGGACGUGUCUAUAGACUGACUGAUCGACAUCUUCCUGAAUUUCUUGUUUCUUUGCUUUGUUGCACCUGUUAGAGCAAGACUAGUCUAUAGGUGUUUCUCAGGUCGCUUAAAUUGCCUCCUCGACUCCUCCACUUGCCACUCUUCCUCGUGUCUUAGUCCCCCACCCCCCCAUGAGGCAUGGGAGAGACGCAAGGAAAUAAUUGGAGGAGAGAGGCAACGAGGAAAUGCGUUUUUAGAGGGAUGAGGGCGUCCUUCGCCCAACUCGACUGUGAACGUACACAUGGUCCACCAAAACAAGUUGCGACCCGAGGCUAUUUUGCAGAGGCGCUGUUGCUCCAUCCGGCGCAUAGCGCCGUCCAUGACGAUUGUGAUUGGUUUAAAGAAAUGCCAAUGAACCAGAGCACGUGUUUCUCCCAUCCCGGAGUGCUGUGGGGAGUAGAGACUAGGGCAAGACAAAUUACAGCUGUAUCAACUUAUUGGUAGAAAAGAUUUGUGACCUAAUAAAUUCCCAUUGAAGCUACGACCCACCUUCAUCCUGAGCAGAGGUCUAAUGGGCCAGAAUCAGUGAAAUCACCGGUGUGGGACCGGUCCGAGACUUUAAAUAACUCCUUGAACUGCUGUUUUGUUUUUUAAAUUGCAUAUUUGUCAAUUGAAAUUUAAUGAUUGUUAUGACUGUUGCAAUUGGGAAUAUUGGGAUUUCUGUUAUUACAGGGUAUCCAUCUAUUGAAUGGAUGGGAUGAUUUUACAUUAUGCAAAAAUCUUGUAUUAAAUUAGUACUUCUACAGCAAUUAAAACGCUUAUUACAUUG